AUGGCUGUCCGUGCACAAUUCGAAAAUAGCAACGAAAUUGGUGUAUUUUCUCGUUUAACUAAUUCAUAUUGUUUGGUUGCGAUUGGAGGAUCUGAAAAUUUUUAUAGUGUUUUUGAAAGUGAACUAGGUGAUGUGAUUCCAGUGAUACAUACAUCAAUAGCAGGCACUAGAAUUAUUGGACGGUUAACAGCUGGUAAUCGAAAAGGACUUCUUGUCCCAAGUACUACAACUGAUCAAGAGCUUCAACACCUUCGUAAUUCAUUGCCUGAUUCAGUGCAAAUUCAGCGAAUCGAGGAACGAUUAUCAGCAUUGGGGAAUGUGAUUGCUUGUAAUGACUAUGUCGCUCUUGUUCAUCCUGAUAUUGAUAAAGAAACUCAAGAAAUCAUUCGUGAUGUUUUAGGGGUAGAAGUAUUCACACAAACUAUUGCGGGAAAUGUGCUUGUAGGUAGUUAUUGCGCAAUAAGUAAUCAAGGCGGCCUGGUUCAUCCAAGGACUUCUAUUCAAGAUCAAAAUGAAUUAACAUCUUUGCUACAAGUUCCAUUAGUCGCAGGAACAAUAAAUCGUGGAUCUGAUGUGAUCGGAGCAGGUCUUGUGGUAAAUGACUGGUGUGCUUUUACAGGAUUAGAUAGCACUUCAACAGAACUAUCUGUUGUAGAAAGUAUCUUUCGACUACAUGAUGCACAACCUACAGCCAUUGUCAAAGAGAUUAGAAAUUCAUUGGUUGAUAGUUAUAGUUAG